AUGUCAGCUGGUAUUUUACCAGAUAUAUACCGAUAUACGGCACGAAAAAGUACCGUAUCAAAAACUUCAAAGUCAUCUAACGUAUCAAUGUGUAAUAAUUCAAACCCAUCACCACCACCACCAACAACGACAACAACAACAACAUCAACAACACAUUAUUCAGCAUAUCAUAGUGAUAACAAUUCAAAGCAAUCGCCGCUAUUGGAUACAACGGAACAUACUAUUAAAUUAGAAGAAGAGAUCCCACAACCAUUAGAAUCAUUUAUUAUUUUGCCUGAUAAUGAAAUAGAACAAAUGAUUAUCGGUGAUAACAACAAUGAACAAACCAACGAAGAAAUUGUUCAUAAUAUUAUUGAACAGAUUAAAAAUCAAAUUGUUCAAUCUUCGUCAGCGACGAUUGUAUCAUCUUCAAAUCAGAUAACGCAAAAUUUUUCAAUAGAUACUCAGGAUAUUCAUAAAAUUAUUGGUUCAAUCAUGAAUCGAAUGAAUGAGAAUGAUCAUGAAGAAUCUUUAUCUUCAACAGUCGAUAAUAAAAUCGAAGAAAAUGUAAAUACAAAUCUUGAAGACGAAACAACGCCGAUGGAAAGUGAUCAACCAGCAACUAAUUUAUCACGAUCACGAAUCGAUGAUGAUAUUGUAGAACUUGAAGAAACACCAAGUAAUGAUAAUUCUCAUACAUGUACAUGUCGAUGUCAUAAACCGAAUUCUCCACAUAACAAUGAAUAUAUUCAAUUUGAACAAGCAUUAAAACAAGCUAGACUAGAACAACAACAGGAACGAUCAUUAAAUAACAAUCGUCUUAUUCAGACACUAAAACGGCAACACGAAGAACUGCUUAAUAUUUAUCAACAGAAUAAAAGUCUAAAACAAUUUAAUUUAACUAAAAUCGAUCGAGAACAACAAACAACAAAACUUAGUCAAAAUGAUUCACAAGUACAAACUGAUUUGACACCGAUCAAUAAUAAUAAACUUUUAGCACCAAAACAACAAAAAUCUCUUAUUAUACCAAUAAUAGGUUCACAUACAUCAAACAACAACAACAAUAAUGGACCAUUGCUAGCUACACGCAACAAUAGUGUUUAUAAUUCAAUUUCAUCAUUACCACAGGUUGCAUCUCGUUUAUCUUCAAAUGCGAUAGCAACUACAACUCUCACAAGUAAAACAUCAACAGUUACAAUAAAAUCAGCUACUGUAACAAACGGACAAGCAAUAACUUCAAAUCCACUAGCUCCGCCACCACCACUACUACUACCACCACCACCAUUAUUGUCUACAACUAUUCCACAUGAUGUAGUAGAUUUAACGGAAGAAGACGAAGAUGAUACGAUGCAUAGAUUGCCUGCUCAACGUAUUACUGCUACUAGACAAAGUACAUCGUUUAUUCAACCUUCUAUACCAACAACAACAACUCUAACACCAGCAGCGACAGCUACAGCUACUCGCAUUCGAUCAACAACAGCAACAGCAACAUCAACAACAAUUAAUCGUACUAUUCGUCCAAAUACUUCUCUUCCAAAUGGACAGGUAGUUCCGUUACGUCCACUGCCUGAACAUAACCCCUGUGAUCAUACAAUAGCUCGACCACAAUUGAAUAUAGCUCAAGAAAAUACAACAGUUCGUUUAACAUGGAAUUUGCAAUCAACACCUAUGGAAUCUAUACAAAACUAUGAAAUCUAUGCAUAUAAACAAAAUGCAGCACUAACUGCGUCGGAUUGGAAAAAAAUUGGUACCGUUAAAUCAAUGCGUUUGCCUAUGGCAGUUACAUUGAAAGAAUUUCAAUCGAAUAGUCAUUAUGCAUUUGCUGUUCGUGCAGUAUCAAUUAAUAAUAAUAUUGGUCCAUUUUGUGAACCAAAAACAAUAUUCACUGGAAAUACACCUGUACAACCACUUCAUACCAGUCAAUUACUCAAUGUAUCUACAUAG